GACAGGACAAAUCGCCCAGGCAUCUGGCCACGCCACACUUCAUUCACCCUUCUUUGUCAACACACACCACCCUCUUGUCGCCCCGUUCGUUGGACGGUCCUUUCGCGCCAUGUGCGACGUCCCGUUAGUCCGUGGCGCUUCCCGGUCGACUCGGUAGAAAGCCUCAGAGGCUCGUCGCAGAUCUAGUAGUGUUGUACAAAUCAGCCCCAGCCUCGCGCCGUUCAUUAGAAAGCGAGAACCAUCUCACCUUCUCAUACAGACUCGCGAGUUCCGCGCCUUUACUUCCACGAUCGAGCGCACAUUACCUCAAGUUAAUCUCCCUGGAUCGAAUCGUUUCGACGAAAGCUGGAAACCCCGUGCAUCGCUGCGAUCCUCAUCCGCGUCUCGAGCUUCCGCGUCGCGAUAUACUACCUCACGCAUCCUGUCGCACUAUUCCGCGUCCCUAAGAUCCUGUCCGGACCCAUCAGGGCGACAGAACGAGAGCCUUAUUUUCCUCCCGAGCCGCUUCAGCUGGGAAGCUUUUAAAGAGAAGUGAAAGUGAUAGCCUUCUGAGGUGAUAGAGUCGUCAGAGGCGAUUCAGUACAAUCAUGGCGUUGGCCGCUCGAUCAGCCUCCGACGGCCUGCUAGCCGGCAAAUCCGCCGGCCGUCGAGCUCUGCCGGUCCUCCGUCAGACGCCCGUCUCUCUCCUCUGCGCCGUCGACUCCGCCGCGUCCAAACGCGCGGCCUUCCACGAAGCUUCCAACUCCGCGGUCUUUAAAGCCAAGACCAGCCUAUCGGCAGCCGACUUGCUCAUGCUCCUAAGCCCGACUGUCGCUACCUCAGCGAAUAUCGGCGCGGUUAACGGCGGACCGUACGCGUGCCGGGAGUGCUCGAACAAGUUUCCGUCGCUUCACUCGCUUGACUUCCACUACCAGACAUAUCACGCUAAGGACAAGAAGAUCCGCCCGGCUGGCGGCCAGGCGGGUGGCGGCGGCUGUAGCAGCGCGGAGCCUGCCAGCAGCGGCUCCGCGCCGAGCAAGAACGGCUCCCCGCCGCCGCCACCGGCGCCGGCUGUUGCGGACGCGGUGGGGGCGACGGGGUUGCAAGAGGGAUCGCUUGAGGAGUCUCGAAGCGUCGCCAGCGCCGCGGCAGCGGCGUCGCAGUGUCUGCGAUCGCUGUCGCCGUCGCCGUCAGCGACGACGGUCCCGUCGUCUGGUGCGACGGCGACGGCGAUCGCUGCGAAGUCGUCAUCAUCGUCGCAGCAGCGGCGCGGUGCGAAGCGGAGCCGCGCCGACAGCCAGCCAGGUGGAGCGGAUCACCCGGCGCAGGCCGCCAAAAGGGGCGCAUCGGGCGGCAGAGCGCGCUUCGGCGCUAGCUCAGAGCGCCGUGGGAAGCAGGGCGUCGACGCAGGGGCUGAGAAUACGACCAAGAAAGCCGGCCCGGUCCAGGCAAACUCGCCGAGCAAGGUGGAAGCGCAGCGGUUCGGCCGAAUCGGACUCGCGGGGAAGUGGCAACCGCCAAGCGUUCUUAUAACGGGCGCCGGAGAUGACACUAAAGCGAUGGUCGGUGACGUCGGUCGCGACGGGGGCGCGGUCACUCCGUCGGACACGUCAGCAAUGCCGCCACGUCGGAUUGGCGCGCUCGCGGGGUCCUGCCUGAGCCUGACGGACCGGAUGAACUCGCUGACGUCAUCACUGACGGAGCUGACGGCCGCGGGGAGCAAUCCGGUUAGCCCGACGACCCCCACCAACGUUCCCCUGUUUGGGGGGCCGGGCGCAGACGCCGCGGGGAUGGCGGGGAUGAUGAUGGCGCAGCGAUUGGUUGGAAUGAUGGGCGGUGGCGGCAUUGCUGGCCGCGCCCUGAAUGGCGGCAGCAUAGGCGGCGGCAGCUUCGGCGGCGGCAGUGGCGGUGGCGGCGGUUUCAACUGUAACGGCGCGGGGCAGGCGGGUCAGCUGCAGCAGCUGAUGGCGCUGGUGAUGCAGGAGAAGGAGAAGCGCGGCAGACUGGCGCAGGGGGGCCUACACCAACAACGGCCACCGCCGCAGCAGCAGGUGCUGCAUGCGCAGCAGCAGCAGCAGCAGGCGCUGCCGCCUCAGCAGCAGGGGGCUGCAGGGAGGGGGCAGGCGAGGGAGCAGCUGACGCGGAUUAAGGAGCAAACUGUAACGGAGCAUAGAGUGAGGCAGCCAGAGGGAGAGCAGCAAUGGAUGCAGCUGACAGGGGCAGUGGGGCAACCCCAGCAGUCUGUUCCUGUAACAAAAUCUGUGGUAACUGCCGCUGUAACCCCGGCUCCAGCCACUGGUAACAUGUCAUCGUUUCCUGCUCUGGCUCUGGCUGACGGGCGAAUGGGCGCGUCCAGCGCGGCUCAGGGAGCUGAUGACGUGGCAGGGAGCCAGCUCAGCAUGCUGGUUGCCGUGCUGGCCUCUAGGCUGAGUCAGCAGAAGCCACCGGCAGCAGGAGUGCAGGGAGGAGGGGGAGCAGCACCACCAGCAGCAGCAGGGCUCUAUGGGGAGAUGGAGCUCCUUGGUAGUGUCAAGGGAGUGGGGAUUGGUGGUGUGACUGCUGUGGCUGAAUGCCAAGGGUUAGACUUGGAUCUUAGACUGUAGAACCUCUUGGAAACUAUACCCGUCUGUUACAUGUGUUCUGUACAAAUGUAAAAUCAAUGUCUAGAAUCGCAAUUCGCAAGUACAUCU